AUGCCGUUUCACCUCGCCUUCAAGAUCAGGAAAGACACCAGCAGCAAUGUUAUUGAUAUGUCAAAAUCAAAUGAAUGUUUAUCCAUUUGCACGUCCAGAAAUAUCAGCACAAAGUAUAGAAAAGCCCUGUAUUUCUUAAUGAAUGGUAAUCAACCGUCGUUGCUGGCGUUCGACGCUCGAGCCCCCUCAAACCACUCGAUUGCCGCGGCCCUGGCAACUACUCCGUCAAAGGUCGAGUGGUUACUGCAAGAAAUCCCAGAGAAUGGAGCAGACGUGGCUCACUUGAACGCGGUUCAUUCCCCAUCAGUGGUCACUGGGCUGGCGGAGAAAUAUCCCUUCCUUCUUAAUAUUAUUGGAAGCCACGUCUGGUCGGCCACCUGGAAUAAGGGAGAAGGCCACAUCGCCGACCUGACCCUCACCCAUGACUAUAAAAUUAUGAAGUGCAACCUCUUUCAUAUAGAUGUCACUGUACAACAGAUAGGCCCAGGCUUCGUCCGCCUGUUCCUCAAGACUCCCCUCGGGCCUUUACUGGUCUCCCAGUCGGUGACGCCACUUGGCCCUCUCCUCCAGAAGGUGAUUCAUAGAGUCUUCUCACCUGCGUACAACGCACCGUGGGCCGCGCUCGUGGUGUAUAAUGAAGCGUACAUGUUCGAAAGAGACGUGGCGAUUUGGAACAACAAAAUCUUCGUGGGGGCUCCGGCGUACGUCAAAGCUGACAAGACCAUCAGAGCCUUCAGGUCCUGGUUCUCCCAGUUCUACAGCGAGAACAGCAAGAGCUUCAAGGACGCGAUACAGAACCCUCUGGAGUGGUGAUAAGGUUCAGACUUGAAUAAUGAAUGAAAUUCUUAUUGGUUUAUCCAUUUGCAUAGGUAAAAUUUUUAGUCAUAAUUUAUCUUGGCAUAAUGACACGCAUUGAGUGUAAAAAAUAAAAAGGCGGCUUUAACCUAUUUUAACACUAUAGUGCAAGUUACCUUGCUGCCCGAUCGGCCGUCACUUCUGCGUACUAUGUGUCCUGCCCAUUGCCACUUCAGCUUGCUAAUCCGUUGGACAAAGACGGAAGUUUUA